AUGAGUGGAGGUCUCAAUAAUCCUACACAAUGGUUUGAGACUUAUUUGACUAAUUUAAAUAAGCAAGAAAGUUCAAUAAAAACAAUUGAAGAAUCAGAAGAUGGAAAUAAGCAACGUUUAAUGUCCUUGGAUACUUCUUUAAAAAAAACAACUGCUUUUUCUAAUAAAUUAAAGCAUCUAAGUGGAAGUUCAACAAUUGAUUCUUUAACAUCAGAGUUGGACAAAGUUAAUGUAUCAAAAUUUCUAGAAGAAAUUGUUGAUGCUACAUUAAACUGUAAAUUAAAAGUAGCUGACAUUCCAUCUAUGAUUACGUUUUGUAGUAAAGCUGCUAUAUAUUAUAAACAAUUUUCAUGCUUGUUAUUAGAAGCUAUGAAAAAUUAUUUUCCACAUAAAAAAUGUCAUGAAAUCAAGGAUCCAAAAAAACUACGAGUUGAUCUUCAGCUUCUUCUUGAGCUUAUUCUUCAUGGAAUAUUUCGAAAAGAUGGUAUAUCUUUGUUUGGGAAUGUUUUUGCUUAUCUCUUGACAACAGAUAAUGAUACUUUUGGACAUAUUCCAAUUUUCAUGCCUUUGCUUAAAAUUCAUAUUCUUGCCAUCACCUCUUUUGUGCCUAAAAAACUUUCUGAUGCUGGUAUCGUGGUAGAAAAAAAGACCAAUGUUUUUAGUGAUGAUCAAAGAAAGCUUAUAACAAAAUUAUUAAUGAAUUACUAUGAAAAUUUUUACAAUAGUAUGAACAAUUUGAGAAUAGAAAUAUUGAAACUUGAAAAGAAUAUACGUAAACUUGAAAGAACAAGAGGUGAUUGUAGUGUUGAAGAAAGGACUUUCUUUGAAAAUAAAAAAGAAUUGUUUUUGGCAAAACUUCCUGUUCUAACAGAAUUUGCUUCAAUAAUUGGUGAAGACUUACCUGAAGAAAUAUCUUAUUAUCAAUGCGAUGAUGAUAAUGAAGAAAUUGAAUUGCAAUUUUCUUGUGAGAUAAAUUCAGCAAAAAUGUCUUUAUGGAAAGAUCCUGACUUGAAAGUAUUUUAUGAAAAUUUACUUGAUCCAAGACAAUCUAUGGGAAAUGUCGUUGCACUUGAGGAUGAUGAAAAUGAAAAAGUAUUAAAACUUGAAACAGAAAUUGAUUCUGUAGAAUUGGAUAGUGUUGAAGGCGAAAGUUCUAAUGGAAAAAAUGAUGAAAUUGAUAGUAUAUCUGAAGAACAAAUUGAAGAUGGUGAUGUAGAAGAUAAAAUUGCAAAAUUAACUUUAUGUGAAGAUGAAGAAAAUGAAAAAGGUGAAAAAAUAAAUUUCGGUGAAUUUUUGAGAAAUUUAAUGAAAGCAUUGAACAAAACUUUAAUAGAUGAGUGUUCUUUGAAAUACCUUGCUAAUUUUAACAAGAAAAAUUAUAACAAACGUUUACAAUCAUUUAUUCUUCAAAUUCCUUUAGAAAGAAAUGAUGUUCUUCCAUUUAUUGGGAGGUUUUUAGCAAAUAUAAAAAAUUACAACGAAGAAGAUAAAACAUCAUAUUUUAGAAUGUUGAGGAGAAUUCAACAUGCCAAAUUGAUAUCUGAAUUAGUUAAAUUUCAAAUUGUACCUAAAGCUCAAAUUUUGGCUUUAUUAAGAAGGACACUUGUAGAUUUUAGAGGAUAUAAUAUAGACAUAUGUGCUUCUAUUCUUGAAACUUGUGGUGGUUAUUUAUAUCGUUGCUCUGAUUCACAUUCUAAAACAUUUGGAAUUGUAGAGUUAUGUAGAAAGAAAAUUGAGAAAUUUAAAGAUGAAAGAUCUAAAGCUGUCAUACAAAAUGCUAUUUAUAAUGUUUUACCAAGUACUGAAGUUUCAAUUCUUCAAAAACCUAAACCUAAACCUACAAUUCUUGGAUUUAUCCAACAUUGUUUUGAUAUUUUUGUAAAUGAUGGUAAAAACUACUUUAAGGAUAUGGAUAUUAAUGAUGCUGAAUUCAGAGGUCCAUUGUUAACUUUCUUUCGUUCUCCAGAAAAUGUAGCUUAUGAUGAUGCUCAUCAUCUUGCAUCUAUUCUUUGUGAUAUUUCUUCAAAUGCUGAAAAUGAAUGGGUUGCUAUGAAUGUUGUUGAUUUUGUCAUUGAAAAAAUUGAUCAAAUAUUAGAAAGAAAUGACAUUAUUCAUAAGCAAGAUCUUUUAAUUUAUAUAAAUUAUGCUGGUGAUUUAUUUAGUUAUCUUUUAAUUUCAAAACAAUGUUUAAUACAAAUUUUGUAUAAGUUAGUUCCACUUAGUUUAUUAAAAAAACCUAUUCAAUGGGAUAUGACUUGUUUGAGAAUUCAAUUAUCUGCUUCGCUUGCAAUUGGAGUUAUCAAAAGUUUCUACAAAAGAGAGGAUAAUCUUAAGAUGCAAAUUUUUUCAGAAUACUUGUUUCUUAUUGUUGCUGAGGCAAGAAUAAUUUAUAAAGAGGAAUUUGAUGAUGAAUUUCCAUGGCAAUUAAGGCAUACUUUGAAAGAUUUUAAUUCAACUGUAAGAAAAAAUGGUGAUCUAAAUGAUUCAUUAGAAGAAGUUAAAAUUAAAUAUGAAAAAAUGUUGGCAAAAUAUAACAAUUUAUACAUGAAAAAAAGUAAGAAAUUUGAUGUUAUGAAUGGUAUAAAAGAAGAAUUUGUUGAAGAGGAGUUUAAUGAAAAUUCAGAUAGAGAAUCUGACCGAGAUCGUGAUGAGGUUGUGGACGAUGAAACAUUGUUACAGAAUGUCAAUGAAAGUGGUGAGUAUUUAUCGGAUGAUGAAGAUUUUGAAGAAGAUGAAGAAGACAAUGAUGUAUUUCAUUCAAACGACAUAGAAUACGAUGAAGAAGACAAAACAUUUAAUGCCUGUUUAGAUGCAUGCUUAAAUUCAGAAAAUAUUCUUGAUGCUCAAGAUCCUACUUUUAAACCAACAAAUCUUGAGUUUGCAAUUCCUUCUGCUGCUCGUCAUAAAUUAGAGCGUAUGAACAAGGGAAUAAAUAAUUUGAAUUGCCAAGAGCAACAAAAUUCAAUCUUUGAAUACCCUAUUGCUUCAGCUGACCCUGAUAAAACUUUUAAAGCCCCAAUAGUUGUUUCAUUCCUAACAAAGGGAAAAGGAAAUAAACCAAUAUUAAAAAAUGUAUCUGUUGGUGAAGAAAAAUUUACCAAACUUCAACAACGUAUAAUAGUUAAUAAGGAACAAAAUAUAAUACAAAGAAAACAAAAUAAAUCUGUAACAUUACGUUUAAAUCAAGAACAAGAAGAAGAAAUGUAUGAUGAAGAGGACAAUUAA